GGAGAGCGAAGAAGGAAAAAUCAAGUUAGGUGAUGCAUCCAUACGGUCCGUUCAUUCACGUGGCCUAACAUGAAAAAGCAUCCGGAUUCAUUGCCGCGCUCGAAUAUCCAAAUCGGUAAAAUUCCGAUUUCCAACAACAGAAACCUUCACGAUCUUCCAUCUUUUCACUAACGAACUACAUGCAAUCAUCUUCAACUUCAUUACGGUUUCACCGCCAGUUUCUCACUGAUCUCAUCGCUUUUCAGCUUUGAAGAUCCACGAUGAUCCGCUCUCUACCUCUCCACCAUUCCACUACUCUUCAGUUUCCUCUCUUUCCUUCAUCCUGCACCGGAGCUACUCAUUUCCUUCACUUCCGAUUGAAGCGGCAAGUGAAGCUAGUGUCAGGAAGCAGCAGCAGCGACAGCCGAGAGAUUUUUAGUGAGACAAAGCAGGGAGGAGUCAAACUUUGGACUGUAAGUGCAUUUUCUCGUCGUGAUCAAGAUCGUGUGCUGGAGCACCGUCCUAACACGGCACACGUUCUCUGUUUCAAACGUCAGCAAGAAGCUCCUGAAAAUUUGGACACUGGUCCAAUGUUGAAAAUAUUCCCAGGCCAAGCAUUUCCAUUGGGUGUUUCAGAAGUAGACAAUGGGAUCAAUUUUGCAAUUUUCUCACAGCAUGCUACAUCUGUCACCAUUUGUUUAUCACUUGAUGGGAGGAUUGAUGAUGGAAUGCUGGAGUUCAAAUUGGACCCUGAUGACAAUAGAACAGGGGACAUUUGGCACAUUUGUAUCCAGGAUUUACAAAGGAAAAAUGUCCUAUAUGGCUAUAGGAUUGAUGGUCCUCAAGGUUGGCAUCAUGGGCAUCGGUAUGAUGAUGGCACUAUGCUUUUAGAUCCUUACGCCAAGUUUGUUGAAGGUCGCCGAUUCUUUGGGGGUGAAAAUAAGUCCUCUGGUUUUCUAGGGACUUAUGAUUUUGAGAGCUUGCCUUUUGAUUGGGGAAAUGACUAUAAGCUUCCUAAUAUACCAGAGAAAGAUCUUGUAAUAUAUGAAAUGAAUGUCCGUGGAUUUACAGCUGAUGAAUCUAGUGGCUUGCCUUCAAGCACACGGGGAAGUUACCUGGGUGUUAUAGAAAAGAUUCCACAUCUGCUGGAGCUUGGUGUCAAUGCGGUUGAACUAUUGCCUGUCUUUGAGUUUGAUGAGUUAGAGUUUCAGAGGCAUCCAAACCCCAGGGAUCAUAUGAUCAAUACGUGGGGCUACUCCACAAUCAACUUUUUUGCUCCAAUGAGUCGAUAUGCUAGUGCUGGUGGAGGACCUCUUAAUGCUUCGCAGGAAUUUAAACAAAUGGUUAAAGCCUUGCAUGCUGCUGGGAUAGAGGUCAUUUUGGAUGUUGUGUACAACCAUACUAAUGAGGGCGAUGAUGUAAAUCCGUAUACCACUUCAUUUCGUGGCAUUGAUAAUAAGGUUUAUUACAUGUUGGACCUGAAGAAUAAUGGUCAAUAUUUUAACUUCUCGGGCUGUGGUAACACCUUGAACUGUAAUCAUCCCGUGGUGAUGGAACUAAUUCUUGAAAGCUUAAGACACUGGGUUGUUGAAUAUCAUGUAGAUGGUUUUAGAUUUGAUCUUGCCAGUGUUCUUUGCCGGGGAACAGAUGGUGCUCCACUUAGUGCUCCCCCACUCAUAAGGGCAAUUUCAAAAGAUGCUAUUCUAUCAAGAUGUAAAAUAAUUGCAGAACCUUGGGAUUGUGGAGGUCUUUAUCUUGUAGGAAGAUUUCCAAAUUGGGAUCGGUGGGCUGAAUGGAACGGAAUAUACCGUGACGACAUUAGAAAAUUUAUUAAGGGUGACUGUGGCAUGAAGGGAAGCUUUGCAACUCGAGUAGCUGGGUCAUCUGAUCUUUACAACGUGAAUAAGCGUAAACCUUACCAUGGUAUUAAUUUUGUUAUUGCUCAUGAUGGAUUUACACUUCGUGAUCUAGUUUCUUACAAUGUCAAGCAUAAUGAUGCCAAUGGUGAAGGUGGAAAUGAUGGAUGCAAUGAUAACUUCAGCUGGAAUUGUGGUUUUGAAGGUGAAACAGAAGAUACAAGCAUCAAAGCUUUGCGCUCAAGGCAAAUGAAAAACUUCCAUUUGGCUUUAAUGACAUCUCAGGGAACACCAAUGAUGUUAAUGGGGGAUGAGUACGGGCAUACUCGUUAUGGAAAUAACAAUAGCUAUGGACAUGAUAAUGCUCUUAACCAUUUCCUUUGGGAACAGUUAGAGGCACGGAAGAGGGAUCACUUCAGAUUUUUCUCUGAAGUGAUAAAGUUUCGAAGGAAGCAUCCCCAUUUAUUUAGCCGGGAAAAUUUUCUAAACAAGAAUGAUAUAACUUGGCACGAAAGCAAUUGGGACAAUCCUGAAAGUAAAUUUCUUGCCUACACGCUUCAUGAUGAUAAUGGAGAAGACGUUUACUUGGCAUUCAAUGCUCACGAUUAUUUUGUCAAUGUUUCGUUGCCCUCUCCUCCGACAAACCGAAGAUGGUUUCGUGUGGUGGACACCAAUCUGGAGUCUCCCCAUGACUUUGUACUGGAUGGCAUUCCGGGGGUUGGAAGCUCCUAUAAUUUGGCUCCCUAUUCCUCAAUUCUUCUGAAAGCCAAUUUAUAAAACGAACUUCUUUGAUACUAACUCUCUAUAUAUUAAAUAAAUGAAACCAUAUUAGCCAGACGAAUCAAGUUCUGUACAAGAUGAUCAUUGAAUUAUUAUGAAAGAAAUAAAUUAUGCAAAAUCUAA